UAUAAAUAUAUACAUUUUAUAAUUGACGUUAUGAUAGUUAAAUUGAUAUUUAAACAGAGCUCUGUUUAUUCGUUUUUAUUUGUUUUUAAAUGAUUGUAUUAAAAGAACAAUUCAAGGAAGUGAUGUGUGGUAUCAACGCUGAAAAGAUAGAUUAUGUCGCGUUGACAGACACAAAUCACAAUAUUAAAAACGAAACGACAGCUGUUGUAGUUAAAGUAGAAGUCAUAGAAGCAAAGAACAAGAACACUUCCCGAGUGGAAGAGAUCGAAUUCGAUAAACACUGUAGUUCUUCAUCAAGAACUGAUAGCUUGGCCAAGCCGUUGGAGUGGUCGUGUUAUCAAUCGACCCGGUUAUGUGAUCUCUAUCGAGAACUUCGAAGGCCGCUUCCGUGGUAUAUAAGACGUACUAAAACUUUAGGUACUAAAACUCGGGUAAUGCAUCCACCACCGAUAUUUCCACAAGCAAAAACAGGCGUGUCUAGUGCUGCUUUAAAGUAUAAUGCAACGGAGCGCAUUAAGAAUUUGGCCAAACACCGGCCAAUUUCAAAAACGGACAAAUACGACGAACAAAUGUGCUUCUCGGUAAAACCGUUGGCACUUAAGUACAAACCAUCGCUUAGAAUUGAACAACUUGCUAAGCCCCGAUUUCCUCAAAAGGAUUCAAGCUAAUAACAGUUUGAACAAAUAAAUACCGAUUGAAAAAAUGUUAGUCAAAGGAUAACACCACUCCAUGAUCCUGGCCAAACUGACAGUUAAUGAUAAAGAACGAAAAUUGCUGGUAGGUUAACUCGCGCCUACUCGAGUAAUCUACUUUUUUAACUGUAAAAUAUCAGUUUUUUAAACUUUCAUAUUAUUGUGAUCUGCACGUGUCUGCUAUCUAGUCUUAUAUCUUCAAAGUCAGUAAAAUGAUCGCAGAUCAAGUAUUUGAACUCUUGUUUCAAUAUAAUGUUUUAUUGAAACGUUUAUUUUAAAAAAAGAUUUUUAUUUGUA